CCACUAACAACAUCAACAGAAAAAUGUACUGCUACUGCUGAUGGUUUUGUUUUUCUUUUUAAAGGUAUAACAGGAAUCACUCUUAAUAUUUCAUUGUAAAUUCAAGAAGGAUUUUUUUGCGAAUUCUUCGAAUUUAUUUCACAAGUGCACUGAAUGAAGGAUAUUAAAAAAUGUAAACCAGGAACAUGUUUAUUGGCGGAAGAUAAAAGCAAAAUGAAUGAAAAUAGAGUAAAAGCAUUGUUGAAUUGGGACCUUGUAAAAUUGGAGAAGUAUGUUCGAGCUUUGAUUGAAAACGUGCCACAGUCUAUUGUUCAAUCUAGAUGCGGUGAACCAAAGUCAUUGAGCUGUGGAACAAAAUCAUCCGAAAAAAAUGUGUUCGAAAUUGGUAUUGAAGACCACCCUGAAAUUCAAGCAAAGGUUAGAGAAGCAUGCUUGUAUAUUCAGCCUUUGAAAGAAUUCACUGUAUGUGUUGAAAUUUUGUUGAAGACUUCUGAGGGCGAUACCCUAGUUCUUGAACUAUGGCAUUUGAGGAUGGAGCAUUCAGAAGAUUUUUGGGAUGCACGAUACAAAAUGUACUGUGACCCUGAAGUGGUAUUUGGUAAUAUGAUGUGUCUUAUGAAGUCGGUCAUUACUAUAUCUCGUGCAGUACCUACUUAUAAGCUUUCCCUCAAGCAGAGUGCUGAUACUUAUGUAAUCUUGUACAGAAUUUAUCAAGGUGAUCCACAGAUUGAGCUCUUGGGUAAAAAUCCACUUGUGAACAAAAUUGCUGAAGUUUUGACUCCGGUUGGUACAAUUAGCAUGUCAGUUGCUUAUAGGUCUAAAGAUGCUAUGACAAUCCCACCGAAGAAGAAUUCUUUUAUGCUUAACAGUGAUUACUUUAAUGUAGAAAUGAAUUCUGAAAAGAAUGGAGGAGUUAAAACCGUCAAAAACCAAAAUUUAUUAAAUUCUCAAAAGGUUGGAGCCUUUGCUCGUUGUAGCAUUCUACCAAAUGGGCUUUUCCCUGAACUAUCCACUUUUGAAAAGCCUUUCUUGAACUUAUCUCGGGGAAAGCUUGACACUUGCAGUGAUAAAGAAGGAAAUAAGGACAAUCACCCUGUCGAUUUAAACUGCAACAGUUUGGAUGGUACUUGGGAUGUUCAAGUUGGAGAUUGGAUUGAUGCUGAAAUUGACUGUGAAAAACUAACAAACAGUGAUGUUUCCAAUGGCAGUGAUUUUGUAUUUGUGGACAUGAGACCACCAUUUGCUAGCUGCAACAGCACCUGUGACCUGGGUGCUUUCUUUCAUGAGUGUCAACAUGCUCCUCCUUUAUCAUCCUUUGCUAGUGAACCAACACUGGAAGAGCAAGUCUUUGAUGUGACUAGUCAACUAGAAAAAUUUGAACUAAGCAUGACAGAGUUUGACAGUUUUGUGGAAUCUGUCUGUUGUAUUCCUGAUUAAGCCAAAAUGAAUAUCCUUGUACAUCUUUGCAUUUGCAAUAUCAUUGUUCAUUUACAUUCUACAUUAUGUUAUUGGUUGCAUUUUUUGUUUUAAGAUAAAUAAAUUUAUUUUACUGCUCAGC